GUUUACGACAAUAUUCCGCGCCUUCCAUUCCAAUGCUAAUUCCAUGUGAAUGUCGCCGGGUCUGAAAUUGUGGGACUGAAAUUGACAAGCUUCUCGACCGACAUGCGGAUGCCAAAUCUUGAUUUCUAGUCCCUCACUUGCUUCGCUGAAGAUUUCCCCCAAAUGGCCAGCAGGUUUUUGAGCCGGUGCGCUCGCCUCUUGGCCGUAUGCCCCCAGGCCUCUUCAGCCGCCAGCCGUCUUCAUACGCUCACAGCUCACCCGCUCACAGAGUAUCCACCAUGGUCCCAGUCCCUAAAGCUACCCUCCAUCAGGCCCCUGAAUCUGAGUGCUGGUCCGGCGCAGGCAGACGAGCAAAACACGUUUACACGCACUGAACUGGAUAUCCGUGUCGAGAAGACGACGACACCACAGGAAGUGCUAUGCUUGUGGGCAGAACGAGGUGGCACGGCCAAUCAGGCAGGCAUGUGUCUGAUCCAACUCAGCCGAUUGGCAGUAGAAAAGAAAGAUCUCGACAGAGCCGAUAUCCUUCAGGACCCUCGCUGUGUGGAUCUGCUGGAGGCUUUGAACUCUCAGGUCAAUGUGAUAUGGAAUGGCACACUGGUUUCUGUCUUGCGUGCUCUUUCCAUACUUGGUGUCCCUUCCAGCUCUCCGGUGAUGUGCUCUCUCCAGACAGAGGCGCUGUGGAGGCUCCGGCGCUUCAACUACCGCCACCUUUCCUCUCUGGCGGACUGGGCGUCAGGCUGGAAGAGUCCAGGACAGGGAGAUGAGCUACUGACGUCUGUGCUAAAGCAACUAGAGCUGCGCUGGACAGAGCUGAAUGACCCACGCACGGUCACCAUGCUUAUGAGCCGAGCUGCAAGACUCUCCCCUCCACUCAUGGAAAAGCUGGAAGAUAAGGCCCUGGAGUUGGCUGAGAAGUUCAGCACUGAGGACAUCCGCAAGGCGACAUUAGCCGUGGCGUUGCAGGGCCGGCGAUCGGUGCCACUUCUGCGUGCACUGUCCUACCACCUGCACCAGAAACCUUCUUCUGAACUCAGUACACCUCUGUUGCUGGACAUUGUGUUUGCUUAUGGUAAGCUGCAUUUCCACCAGACUCAGGUGUGUCAGAGAAUGGCUGCUGAGCUUUUGCCCAGAUUACCAGAGAUGAGCUCCGCUGAAGUCAUGCGCUGUUCAAAGUCUCUAGCCUUCCUGAAGUGGCUUCACUUACCUCUGUUCGAGGGAUUUACCCAGCACUUCUUGAAAAACAGUGAAAAGUACAGCUUGUUACAGAUGUGUAACCUCCUCAUGGCCUUCGCCAAACUCAACUUCCAGCCCAGUAACAAGGAGCUAUUUUACACGAAGGUUCAUGAAGUUUUGGAAAGCUCAUGGCAGAGCUUGGAACCUUUUGUACUGACCGAUGUAGUCUGGGCUCUCUGCAUUUUCCAGCAGGCCAAACCCGAGUUUAUUGCUGCUGUCACAGAUCCUGCAUUUCAGAGCAAAGUUACAGGUGGCAGUGGUGCUCCUGCAGAGAACUACGCAUUGAAGGUGCUUCAUAUUGCUGCCUCGGGACAGCUAGAAUCUGGCAUCCGUACCACUGUGCCCCUUCCAGCAGUCCACACAAAACUGGUCAAGUCCAGCCGAAUGCCCAUUCAGAGCACCCUACACAAAGCCCUCCAGAUCCUCACGGAAAAUCGCACAAAAGCUCUGCGCAAAGACAUCAACACGGUGUACGGCUGGAAUAUAGAUGCAGAAAUGGUCGUGGAUUCAGAGAAUAAGCCCAUAGACCUGGAGAACCUGGAAGCGCCACACUUACCUGGAGGGGGCGGCACAGAGCGCUUACCUCCAGGAGCGCGAAGGGUGGCCUUCGUGGCCUGGGAGUUCCCCCAUUUUGCCUCCAAGAGCAAAGAUCUCCUGGGCCGCUUUGCUAUGCAGAAGCGCCACCUGCAGCUGGCCGGGUUUCUGGUCGUGGAGGUUCCAUACUUCGACUGGCUGGAGUUGAAGACGGAUUGGCAGCGAGUGUCCUAUCUGAAGGAUAAGAUUGGGAAGGCUGUAGCUGAGGACAUGGCCAAGUGAGCUUCUGGACUGCAGCACAUCCACAGACCAAAGCAGAAUAAACAGCAGGGCAAAUAAAUUUGUGCACGGGUUCAACCAAGAUCCAACCAGAGACAGUCAGAAAACGACAUUAUUUUUAUUCACCAGUAACAAACAUUCUUUUACAUGGAUCGUCAGGAUUUUCAUGCAGAAGUGAUAGAACGCUGAACACACGACUGUACUUACUCAUCACUAAAUUACCAUUAUAAUGCCAUCAGAUAAUUUAUUAUGUAAAGUCUCAAGGCUUCCAAGGUAUGAUUAGCCUUGGGUAGUACGUCAGCGCUCUGUAUACUGCUAUGUGAAAAUAUGCUUGAUAUGAAGCUGUAAUUGAAACCAAUCUGUAUUUCGGGUGUAUACAACUUAUCUGGUCAUGAUAUAAAUUUAAUUCUGGUUGUCUCUUUUACUUGUGUACCAUUUUGUUUUAUUGUGUGAAUGUAUAAUUCAGCUUCAAGCAUCACAUUCGAAUAAACAGAUUUUAUACUGCUUAAAAUAA